AUCAGCCGGUUAAUAAGACGCCGGCUUGGAAGUUUAACCGUAGUGAGCGAUGCGGUCGGACUGAGCAGCGAGCGCGGCCGAAAAAGAAGCGAGAAGCCGAGGAGUCAGUCAGACAAAGUCGCGAAAGUGUCUCCGGUGGGUUCGCUCCAGUCCGUCGCGGUUAGUUUGAAGCAUCAGCUCGGACUAUGGUUCAGCACACGGAGCAUGGCGGGACGGGGAUUAACAGCGGGUCCCGCGAGGCGACCGACCCGGAGGAGAGCGAGCUGCUGGCGGGCUCGGCGGGCAGCCCCGUGCCGCUGAAGCCGGACUGGUGUAAAACGGCGUCGGGCCACAUUAAACGACCCAUGAACGCGUUCAUGGUGUGGUCCAAAAUCGAGAGGAGGAAGAUUAUGGAGCAGUCACCGGACAUGCACAACGCGGAGAUCUCCAAGCGGCUCGGGAAGCGGUGGAAAAUGUUAAAAGACACCGAAAAGAUCCCGUUCAUCCGGGAGGCGGAGCGGCUCCGGCUGAAGCACAUGGCCGACUACCCGGACUACAAGUACCGGCCCAAGAAGAAGCCCAAGACGGAGGGCUGCGCGUUUCCUGCGGGGAAGCCAGCCGCUCAGUCCCCGGAGAAAACCGCCGUCAGACCCGUUAAUAAAAACCCCGCCGCCGCCAAGAAAUUCUCCAAGUUGAAAACCAGCAAGCCGCCGGUCGGUCCCGGCAGAGCGAGCAGCCACCUCCCGCAACACCAGCACCACCAGCACCCGGACCCCCGGUACCGGUACGUUUUGACCACCAGCUUUAAAACCAGCAAGCUCGUUAAACGGGAGUUUACCGACGAUGAGGAGGAGGAGGAGGAGGAGGACGACGACGACGACGAUGAAGACGACUCCGAGGAGGAGCGGGAGCUUAAGGCGGAGGAGGAGGACGAGCCGUCCCGGUACAGCCUCGCCAAGGUUCCGGCCGGCCUGAGCCUGAGCUCCCCCGCCGCCGAGCCGGAGGCGACCAGCAUGUACGAGUCGUCCGGUCGGCUCUUCUACAGCUUCAAGAACAUCACCCGGCAGGGCACCAGCACCUCCUCCUACCCGGCCUCCCUUUCACCCGCAUCCUCGUCCCGGUCCGGCUCCACCUCCUCCUCCUGCUGCGGGGAGGACCUGGACGAUCUCCCCUCGGAGGGGAGCGACUUCACCUUGAGCCUCCUGGCCGGCUUCCACGCCUCCUCCGAGCCGUGGAACUCGUCUUCCAGCUCGGCCCCCGGGAACCUGAGCCUGUCCCUGGUGGAUAAAGACUUGGACUCGUGCAGCAGCGAGGGCAGCCUCGGAUCCCACUUCGAGUUCCCCGAUUAUUGCACCCCGGAGCUCAGCGAGAUGAUCGCCGGGGACUGGCUGGAGGCCAACUUCUCGGACCUGGUGUUCACGUAUUGAUCCCCCGGAGGGGAUGCCAAUACCACACCUGGCCAGGGAAGGGGACUGCCGUCUUUCAUCCGCCUCAUCUUCCCCGGAGCCGGUUCUGGAGGUCGGGUUUGUGGAGCUCCAGAGCCAGUCAGGGACCGGGGGGAUGUGGCUGCCGGGGCCCGAAUGGCUUUGGGGGGAUCCCCGGACUGGACACACACUGCGGUACUUCUGCAAAAAACGAAUGAAAUGAAAUCACCUCAACAGGGUUUUAUGGAUUUUGCGUUCAGUUGCUCGAGUCUGAACCAGGACCCGAACUAUGCGUCCCCGUCCACACCCCAAAAUGACUCCAAUUAACACUAAGAUCAGGAUUUAAACGCUUUCUUUUUCUUCCCUUUCAUUCCCAGCAGCAGGACUCCGAGGACUGCAUUAUGUGACUCUUUAGAGUUUCCCACACCGUGGUCCUCCUUUUUAUUUUGUACUGUGGGGGUCUCCAGCUCCCCGCAGGGGUGGGAAAUGUCAUUAAAUGUUGAGUUUAAAAACCCAAACCGACCACAGGUAUGGCAGGAAACAUUUUUUGAUAUCUACAUAACCAAACAUACCUCAUCUUUUUAAAAAAAAUUAUCAAGAAGUAAAACUAUUUUCUGGCAUAUUUUUGUACAGUCAAAGGGAAUGUCGCAGGUUUAUUCAGGCACUUCUUCUUCUUCUUCUACCACUUUUCAUUCAGACUGUUUAUUAUUAUUAUUAUUAUUAUUAUCUGUUACUGAGCAUGUGAGGGUUCAGAUCCCAGCCAGCCUGCCUUGCUUUAAUGCCUUGCAGUUGUUUUAAACGAGUGUACAGACAGGGAGUCCGACCUUUAGGGUCAACGUUGGACUGUUUGGGAGACGUGGUACCAGAUCCAGGAUUGUAUAUGUUGUGUAAAAUAGUUAAAAGUUUAGGAGUUUAUGUAUAUUGGUGUGAGUGAGUCCCUGAUAGCAGGAGAGAAACUGGAUUUUCUGUUAAUUUUUUAUAUCAUCAAACGGCACAUAUUUGUUUCUUGCUCAUUAUUUUUGUGCAAUAUAAAAAGAAAAGAGGAAAAAAAAUAAAAUAAAGGAGCAUCCCGUGUUUUUUGUAGCAGAGGGGGAAACUGCAUCAACGUGUCCUUCAUGAUGAAGUCUGUAUGUCCACAACUGAAUAAAUCAGCUGGAACUGAGUCAGGUCAA